UUUCCUGCCGCCGGGCCGCAGCUGAAGUGCCUGUCUGUGACUCGCAGGACUCUGGCUGCCCGCAGCCCCCUCGCAGACGCAGACGCAGACGCAGACGCAGCCGAGGGGAGCAGACGAUGGCCACCGGUGCUCUGGUCGAACCUGGCAGGCUGGACAGGAGCGGCAGCUUCUUCAAGCUGAUUGACACGUUCGCCCUGGAGAUCGGGGAGCUGAAGCAGGAGAUGGUGCAGACGGCCAUGCCCGCGGAGAGAGACCCAGAGGCGGUGGGCCUACAGGGGCUGGAGGGGGAGGUGAGCGGCGUGUACCUGCAGUCGCCCCCCUGCACAGGCUCCGCCGGGGCGAGGGACUCCGGGUACGACUCCCUGCGCAGGCGCAUGAGCGUGCUGGACAGGCUGACGCAGACGCACGCCGUGUGGCUCCUGCUGUCGCUCAGCGACGAGGAGGCCGCCGGCAUCCUGCUGCAGCAGCCGGCUGGGAUGUUCUUGGUGAGGAAGUCGUCCAGGCUUCAGAAGAAGGUGCUCUCUCUGCGCGUGGACGACGUAUCCGAACCCCCUGUCAGCGACUUCCCCAUCAAGGAGAGCCAGUACACCUUUUCUCUGGAAGGCUCUGGAAUCAGCUUUGCAGACCUGUUUCGCUUGGUGGCCUUCUACUGCAUCAGCAGGGAUGUCCUGCCCUUCACCUUGAGGAUUCCUGAGGCCAUCGCUGCAGCCAAGACCCAGACUGACCUGGAGGAGGUGGCCCAGCUGGGAGCUGGAUUCUGGGAUUCCGCUCUCUGCAGGGGGAAGAAGAGCUCUGUGUCUCCGUCCCACGUACCGACACAGGGCGGCGUGCAGCUGAGACGCCAGCAGGAGGGACAGAAGUCGCCCCCUCACGAAAGCACCCCCCUGCGUGCCCGCGCCCCAUCCCAGCUGGAGCGCAGCCAGUCCAGCGGCGCGCUCUGCUUCGUCAACCCCCUCUUCCUGCAGGUGCACCGCCCCGAGGGCAACUCGGGCUCGCCCUCCAAACCCGGGCCCCGGCCGCCCGGGCCGCCCCCCGACGCCCCCGGCCGCAGCGGCGCGGGCCGCGCGAACGGGAAGGCCCGCUCGCCCCCCCCUCGCCCGCCGCCGCCCCGCACACUGCCCCGCAGGCCGGCGCCUCCGCAGAAGCAGAGGAGCAUGCCGGAGACGGCGUCCUGGGCCAGGCACCAAUCGGAGCAGCACGCGCGCCGCGGCCCCAUGGGUGCCAAGCUCAGCAGCCCCUCUUCCUCCUCCUCCUCCUCCUCGCCCAAGAAGAGCAGCGCGCCCAUCCCCGUGCCCCCGCCCCGGGUCAAGAAGCAGCUGAGCGCGCCCGACCUGGACGCCCACCGCUGUCAGAUCGCCCUGGAGGACCAGACCAUCGAGAAGGCGCUGUCCCGCAGCCGGGCCAAGCUGCUCCGCCGGGCUACUGCCGUGGACGAUGGCAGCCCCAGCCCCCCCGGGGCGCCAGACACGGGACGGGAUCCCCCCCGCCGGGGCAGGGCGGAGGACGGCCAGAGGCUGAGCGACAUGAGCAUCUCCACGUCCUCGUCCGACUCGCUGGACUUCUCCCACGGCUUCCCCCUGCCGGGGCCCAGCCCGCCCGGCCGCGCCAGGGCGGCGGGCGACAGCAGCGAGGACGACGAGGACGAGGAAGAGUACGGCGCCAGCAUGGAGAGCGACCAGGAGGUGGGCGUCCACCUGCCCUGCAAGUCCAAGAAGCGGCACGGCGGAGGCACCUUCGUCCUGCCGCGGGCACUCAAGGGCCAGUUCCGCAAGGUGAGCGGCGUCUUCAACUCCUUCAUGACCCCGGAGAAGCGGGCCGUGCGCCGGAUCGCCGAGCUCUCCCGGGACAAGGGCUCCUACUUCGGCUGCCUGGUGCAGGACUACGUGAGCUUCCUGCAGGAGAACCGCGGCUGCCACACCUCGGGCCUGGACCUGCUGCAGACCCUGCGCCAGUUCAUGACCCAGAUGAAGGCCUACCUGUGCCAGAGCUCGGAGCUGGACCCGCCCAUCGAGUCCCUCAUUCCCGAGGACCAGAUCGACCAGGUCCUGGAGAAGGCCAUGCACAAGUGCGUGCUGAAGCCGCUGAAGAGCGUGGUGGAGGCGGCGCUGCACGACUUCCAGGUGAGCAGCGGGGCGUGGCAGCAGCUGAAGGAGAACCUGGCGCUGGCCAAAGCCAAGCAGCCGCAGGAGCUGGGGGUGGACGGCGCCUUCCCGCCCGACCCCGUGGCCAUCGAGAAGAUCCGCCACAAGUUCCACAACAUGCGCAAGAUGUACUCGCCCGAGAAGAAGGUGUCUCUGCUGCUGCGCGUCUGCAAGCUCAUCUACACCAUCAUGGAGGACAACUCAGGGAGGAUGUACGGGGCGGACGACUUCCUGCCCAUGCUGACCUACGUCCUGGCUCAGUGCGACAUGCCACAGCUGGAUACAGAGAUACAGUACAUGAUGGAGCUGCUGGACCCGUCUCUGCUGCAUGGCGAAGGCGGUUACUACUUGACCAGCGCGUACGGAGCCAUGUCUCUGAUUAAGAACUUCCAGGAGGAGCAGGCGGCCCGCGUGCUCAGCUCGGAGGCGCGCAACACACUGCACCAGUGGCACCGCCGACGCACCGCCCAGCGCACCAUACCCUCCGUUGACGACUUCCAGAACUACCUGCGUGUGGCUCUGCAGGAAGUCGACACCGGCUGUACGGCCAAGACCCUGCUGGUGCGGCCCUACUCCACCACUGAGGAGGUGUGCCUGCUCUGCGCCCACAAGUUCAAGGUGCCCGACCCCGAGAGCUAUGCCCUCUUCCUCCUCAUCGAAGAGACCAGCCAGCAGCUGGCGCCCGACACCUACCCCCAGAAGAUCAAGGCUGAGAUCCACAGCCGGCCCCAGGCUCAGCCCUUCCACUUUGUCUACCGGAGGGUGCCUAACCUCAAUUUGUGUGUGCCGGCCGACCAGCAGAACGGAAACUGCCUUUCCAACUGAAGUUUGGAGGGCCCUGCCCAGGGGCCAUCCUGCCUCCAGCCAAAUGGCACCCCUGUGGCUUUUGGCAAAGCAACUCAAACCAAGUCACUGUACCCAUUUGUUUCCUUCCAUGUUUUUCUCCUAUUUCUUCUCAUUUGUUUCUCAUACUUACGGGAGUUUCACCGGAGUGGAAAAUGACUUUGUUGACUUUGUAUGACUUUUUGACUUGUUGCUAAGACUACCAUCAACAAGGAAGGAAGUGUCUGGGAUGUGCCUUUUUUGUGCCUUUUGUUUUAUUUUUGAGUCUGCAGAAGCCGUGCAGGGAGCAUGCAGGAGGAAGUGAGCUCUCACUUAAUGCCAACUUCAAAACAAUCCCCUCAGAUUUCAGAUUGAGAAAGGUUGGAGGCGGGGUGGCUUCUGCAAGUGUGCAAUCCAGGUGUUUUGAGGAAAACAUCCACCUCUAGUGUUGAGAGUGUCUCCCUAAACCAGGCCUCUGCUCCUCCUCCCAAUAUGCUCCACCUUUUGUUUCCCAGUGGACUCUGGACUCUACGACUGCUGACCUGAAGAAGCAGGAAUACUGAAGCGCACCAAGGAGCAUGAUGGGAGUUUGGGCCUACCUGGGCUCUUUCCCCCUGUGUAACACUCAGUACUUUAGUAGGGUGGCUCUUUGUCUUAUUUUUGUCUAUUUUUGUCUGACUUUCUCUAAUGAUGGUGAUGGUGCCCACCCCCCACC